GCAAUAGCACAAGUACCAUAAUUUAAGUAUCAUACCAUCCCCCACUUUCAGUUCUGUACUUCCUAUGAUGGGCCAGCGCCGUAUGAAACUACCAUAGAACACCAGACAUGACAUUGUGGCCCAACAAACCUAUUUUCGAGUCCGACUUCAAGUACUCUUCGCUCGAUGAAGCUAUAGCGACACGAACCCUCAACCUAAACGCUGGCGAAUACUCGGCGACGUUGCCGAGGGAUUGGUGCAUCGGCUUCGUUCCGCAUGGAGGAUACUUAACGUCGCUCCUGCUCCAUGCAGGAACGAAGCAUAUGACCACCCAUCCGAAGCUGUCAAAGCUAAACCAGCCGCAUCCAAUCCAUAGCGCCGUGACCUUCCUCUCCCGAUGCACUCCUGGGCCGGCGAAGCUCGUCGCAGCGGUUCUCAAGACCGGACGGCAAUACACCUUUCUCCGGGUAUCGCUCUAUCAGAACAUUCUGCUCCUAGAAGCAAACAUCGUAUUCACCCACAUGACCGAGCACGAGAGGGGCCCCACACUAAGAACCUUGCCCCCUCCACCACCGCCACCCCACCCCGACGGGCCGUGGGAUAUAACCGGGGCCGAUCCCCUCGGUGACGCCCGCCCCGUCUCGAAGAAGAUACAUUAUAGAACCACCCCUGGCAGCCACUUUGGGAGCGACAGGAAGAACUCCCCGAGCGUGCGUGAGGAAUGGGUUAGGAUGGCUGAUGGAUCGAAAUUUACCAUCACCUCGUUGGGUUAUCUCAGUGAUAUGUUCCUCCCGCUGCCGGAGAACUACCCUGAGAUGGGCGAGGCACAAUGGUACCCAACACUUGCCUUGUCGGUCGAGGUGAAGAGGGCGCCCAAAGGGGGUGGGUGGGGCGUGCUGUUCCGCAGGGUUGAGAGCAGGGUCAUUGAGAAUGGGAGGAUGGAUAUGACGGUUGACUUGUUUGAUGAGCAGGGCAGAAUUGUCGCGAUUAGCCAUCAUGCCGCGAUCAUGGUGAGUGCGGAGAGGAACCGGCCGAAGGUUGCGGCGAAGCUUUAGAUUCGGUUUCUGUUUCUUUAUUGUGCGGUAGAUUAGACCCUAGUCUUCACGGGUAACACUCGAUAUCAAGUUGUUAUUCCUGCUGUGGAGGUUCAAAAAAAUAUA